CCGGCCUCUCUAGUCUGCCGUCACUUCCGGUUCUCUGUCAGUCGCGAGCCGAGAGCAGAAGGCUGUCGACUGCAGAAGCGGAGAAAUGCCUAAAUCAAAGGAACUUGUUUCCUCAAGCUCAUCGGGCAGUGAUUCUGACAGUGAAGUUGAGAAAAAGUUAAAGAGGAAAAAGCAAGUUGCUCCAGAAAAACCUGUAAAGAAGCAAAAGACUGGUGAAACUUCAAGAGCUCUGUCAUCUUCCAAGCAGAGCAGCAGCAGCAGAGAUGAUAACAUGUUUCAGAUCGGGAAAAUGAGGUACGUCAGUGUUCGGGAUUUUAAAGGGAAAGUUCUAAUUGAUAUUAGAGAAUAUUGGAUGGAUCCAGAAGGUGAAAUGAAACCAGGAAGAAAAGGUAUUUCUUUAAAUCCUGAGCAGUGGAGCCAGCUGAAGGAACAGAUUUCUGACAUUGAUGAUGCAGUAAGAAAACUGUAAAAUCUGAGCCAUAUAAAACCUGUACUGUUCUGGUUGUUUUAAUCCUGUCUUUUUACAUUGGCUUUUGUUUUCUAAACGUUGUUUUCCAAGCUAUUGUAUAUUUGGAUUGCAGAACAAUUUGUAAGAUGAAUACUUUUUUUUAAUGUGCAUUAUUAAAAAUGUUCUGAGUGAAGCUAAUUGUCAACUUUAUUAAGGAAGGAUUGCUUUGUGCCCACCACCUAGUGUAAAAUAAAAUCAAGUAAUUACAAUCUUAACUGUUGUGGCCUUUUUUGAUCAAAAGACUAGAUACUCUUUAAGGCCAAAAUUAACAGUUUUAUAGACUUAUUAGUUUUAACUCAGUUUUUACAUGAAAAGGAUUUGUAUUGCAUUGAGUUUUUUAACGUUAGAUUUGUGAAAUCUGUGCAUCUUGAUCUCUUCCAGCUAAAUGUCAAAGCUUGUCUCAGUCACUUUCCUUUUUUUCUUUAAUUCAUUUUCCUUUAAUAACUCAGUCUCUUCAUUUUCAUUUCACUUUUUUCAUUUACUAUAUUAUGCUAAUUUGAAAGUCAGCGAAAUUAUCAAAGUGUUAUUUCAAUAAGGUACUUACAAUUAAAAUAUUAUAAGGGAACUACAUCACUAAAUCUGUAGUAAUUAUUAGAGCAGAUAUAGUUUGAUAUGUGGCUUGUAUGAAAACUUCAAGCAAGUGUAUGUCAUUACCUCAUAGUGUUCUUUGUAAUUAUCUUACUGCUUAGUGUACAGAAAAUAAUGAUUAGAUGUCUGAUUAGCUUUCAGUUAGUAAACAUGUUCACCGUGGGAUGAUGUCUGUAAAAUCAGAUACUGUUAAACUAGACUAGGACUUAAUAAAAAACUGUGAAAGCUUACUGGCCUAACAUUUUGUUUUAUAACAUUUGAGUAUGGAUUUAUGUGUAGCCAGAAAGGUCACUGAGCUUUACAGUCACAGUUAGGUAAUGUGGUCAGUUUUUAGGGGAAAGAGCAUAUAUUUAGUUUUUUUUGGCCUUUACUUCAGUAGAGUUGGUUACUGGACGUGGCUUUCUAGACAUGAUGUUAGUAAGUUUUAGUAAACACUUAAGUAGUUUUCAUUUUAACCAUUGUGAAGCAGACAGAUUGAGGCACAUGUUUCAGGGGCUUUGCAGCAAUAAAUAGGGUAUGGUGUGCCUUAAACGAAUGUAAAGGAAACUUACUGAAAUUAAGGAAGGUGGCAUGUGAAGAGGAAAGAAUUUUCUUCAAACUAAAUGAUAUAUUUUGAGAUUUUAUCAUUUGAUAGGACACAAUAGGUAGAAUAGUAAACAAAAGGCUUAGAGGUAAAAAUUACUUUUGACAAAUUGUGGAUGGUAGCAGAUUUUAAAUGAUUACUGACAUUAAGGGCUACCAUUUCAAGAGAAUUGCACUGUUCUUUUAGCAAGUUUGAUUCCUAUGUCUUAAAAAAUUUUGUAGUGUAGUUUCAAGGACUUAAUUUUAAAACCAUCUGCCAGACCAUAUAGUUACUCAUUUUUUUAAAGGUGAAAUUGAUAAAGAGAUCUCUUUUUCUGGUAGUGUAGUCUUUAUCAAAUAAUAGGUACUCAAGUGUUCACAAUAUUGUUAAGACAAAUUGUUCUUGAUUGGUACCCCCCCUUAUUUGGAAACGUGUGUCCUAAUCUCUAAAUUGGAUAGUUUUUAAAAAAUAUUUUUUGACACAGAGAAGGGGUUGUGAGUACACAGAACUUUGAUUUUGGUAUAGAUAAAGAUGGAAUGAUGGAUCAGUUUUUUUAGGUUUACGUGAAUUCAGAGGAUGUAUGCAGUCUGCUUAUACUGAGAUGGCGCUGUAGUCUAUCACCUAGGCACUUAUUAGUUGUUUGGUAUAAUAUUAGUAAAAUCUUCUAAGGAGUGUUUGGCAGUUUGGUAAGUUGACUGCUGAAUUCAUUUAAUUAUGUUACUGGAUAUGUAGUAUUCUGAAAUUAUUCAUAUUUUUCUCUGUGUAGGAAAGGAUGAGAAUUGAGUUAAAAUAAGUAGACUAACUUGUACUGAAAAAGAAGAAUAGAGUACAUUAUUUUCUGUUUAAGCUUUAUCUCCUCAGUAAGAUUUCUCCCAGGAAGAAAGCUUGGCAUUUUGAGGCAUAGUAUCUUACUUGGUAAUGCCAAAAAUGAAUUUAAUUAAUGUCAGUACUCAGGUUUGUCCUUUAAUAUACUCAGUAGCAGGGCUUUCUACUAGAUUUUCCUCCUUUAAAAUAUGAACAAUAUUAGACCAAUUUCUAAUUCUUUUGGGUUUUAUUUAAAGAACAACCACUGGGGGGGAAAAAAAAAACCUUUGCAUUUUGAUUAUUUUGCUUUGCUUCAUAAAUGCCUAAAAACUUCUCUUAAAGAAUAUUCCUACCUCAUUAGUUAGUCAAGAUGCGGUGAUGAUCAAUCUAUUCUCCAACAUGUAUUUAGAAAAAAAGACUUAGGGGGAAAAUGAAAGUACAUCCUGAGAAAAGAGAAAGAAUUGAAUAGUAAUAAAGUGUUCCUGACAGAAUUAUGUUAGCAUAUUAUAAAAGUUUGAAGAAAAAAAAAAAAUGCUGACCAAUAUUUAGGUAUUGUCCUGAAAUUCCUUGUGGUUCACUUUUUGUGGAAAUUAAUAA